UACUAGCGGAUUGUCAGCUCGAACCUCACCGAGGAAGGUUCGGCGCGUUGUCGUUGUUAAUCACAUGGCUGUGGGAGAUGACAUCCUUGUUCAUUUCCUUGUCAUGACAACGGAUGCCGAGCAAGGAUGUCGAAGAAGCACGGGAGCACGACUAAAGAUUAUAAGGCGCGUCUCGAGUACAAACUGUACCUGGCCAGGGAAAACCCAGAGCCAGUGUUUGAUGUAUCGGAAUGUGCCUUGAAGAAUGUGCCAUCAGGCAUCUAUUCACUUUGCAAAGUGUUCCGAAAAAAAAUCUUGCUAAUGUAUGAUAAUAAACUGAGCUCACUCUCGGGUGGAGGUGCCUUAUGUGAUUUGUCAUUGUUGACUGUCUUAGACAUUCAUGGAAAUGAGUUUACUACAUUACCUUCUGAUAUUAAACAUCUUUCAUCACUUAAGGAGCUCCAUUUGCAAGACAACAACAUCCGCAAACUGCCCAACGAAAUAGUAUACUUGAAUAAAUUGACAAUUUUGAAUGUCUCGAGGAAUAAUCUGAAGCAGCUGCCUGAUGGCAUCGGGCAGCUGCAGCAACUGAACAUUCUCGACAUUAGCCACAAUAAAUUGUUAUAUAACCUGCCCAAAUCACUAGGCUAUGCUCAACAAGUGACGAAUCUAAAUAUCGACGGAUUAAAUCUGUCAUAUCCACCUCAGGAUAUUUUAGAUGGUGGCACUAUAGUGAUCAUUGCAUUUUUGGCAAAUGAGAGCGGUGUCGAUUACUCGCCAGAGAAUUCGGUAUCAGAGACUGAUAUUUCAAGAGAUAUGAGCUCAGACGAUAUGCAGACGGUAUACCAUAAUAAGAGUAACGACGUACAGGAACAUCGGCAAAAUGCCUUGUUGGAAGUGGAGAAAAAUAUAAAGCAACAACAGGAGUACGAGAUAGAGGUGCAAUCUAUGCUCAAGGCUCAUAAAAAGAAGCUCUUAGAAGACGUAGCGUUGCAGCAGAUACAAUUGGAGCAAGAACUCGAAAAGGUUCAGCAAGAAAGAGACACGAAUAGAGCGCGUUUACUCUCAUACAUUUACAAUGCGGAGCGAGAAGCUGAUAAUGUAAUUAAAGAAUUUCUGAGAAACAGUGAAGAAGAAAGACAGAGUCAGGCCGAGUUAGUAGAGCGAGAGAAGCAAGAAGAAAUGCAACUAUUAAGUUCUUGUCAUUCAGAACAGUCCUUAUUACGUACGAAAGACACUCUUUUUGCAAUGGAAAAAUUAUUGGAGGACGAAAUGUGCAGAGCAAGGAAAUGGGAAGAGCAUACUAAAUAUAAAGACUACACCGUACAAUCAUUGCUUACGUUGGAAGUGAGGAACAACGAUCACUUAGCACAGAUAGUGCAUGAUCAGGAGAAAAGCAGGCAAGACCUUAUUGAUAGGUUACGACGGGAUGAAGUCUUACAGAAAGCAGCAGUUACUGCAUUGUUGGAAAGGAGCGAUGCACGUUCUUGGAGUAUUAUUCAACAAAUGAAUCUCGUGCAAUCGCAAUUAGCUGCACUCACUAAUAUUGAACUUGAGAGACGAAAGUUAGAGAUCACUCAACAGAUUAAUGAAAUCGCUGAUAAACGCGUGGCUUUAACAGAUAUUCUGAUCGACUUAUUAGAACAACAAACGAAUAGGAGAGCUCAACUAUUGGAGACAAUUAAUACAAUCGAGCAACAGCGAGGCAUCUCCAACGUGAGACGUGAUAGUUUGUUUUGGCUGAUGCAAUAUCAAUCUCUAAUGGAAGCUCGUCCACAAGGACUACUGGAAAUGUUAGAACCUAUGCUAGUUCGACAUAUGGCGAUAGCGGGAGUUUUGCACUGCCUUCCAUUCUUAGCUACUUUACCAUCUUUGUUACCAAACAUUAGUGACGAACAAUUAAAAAAUAUUGGUAUAAAUUGCGAGAGUGAUCGCGCUGCCAUUAUGUUUGCGGUUGAGAAUUAUCUAUCAGAGAUUAAAUUGAGUGAUUCUAAUAGAUCGCCUGUAACAGCUUCUGCGCCUCUCGAAGAGGCAUCGACCAGCGAUCAAGACUAUAAUUCUAUUCAAAAUGUCAACAUAAUCGAAUGCGUAAUCUGCUUCGAUUUACAAUGCGAGGUAAUUUUUUUACCUUGCGGACACUUCUGCUGUUGCUCUAUAUGCGCGGAAAAAAUUUCUGCAGAAUGUCCAAUGUGCAGAAGUUUAAUAGAACGUAAAGUUCGAGUUGUACAGCCUUAAAUUUAUAAAACGAGGUUUUAUUCAGCUUAUUCGUGAAUAAUGUCAACUUGAUGCUUCUUAAGAGUAUCAAAAUGCGCUAUUCUUCUUGAUCUGUGAUUAUGCACGUCAACAAACUGUUCCCAUAGUAGUGGAAAGUAUAACCACACACAAGUUAUAUUUACCACUAAUAUAAAGCUCAUAAAUAUUGUAUUCGUUAAAUAUUCUAUUA